AGAGGAGCAGCGGCAAGAUGGCGCAGUCGCCGGUUCUCCUCAAGGACACCAAGCUGCUGGACGUGAAGCUGGGCCAGCUGCCCACAUGGCUGGCCAUGAGGGACUUCACACCCGGCGGCAUCGUUGGGGCCCUGCGAAGAGGGUAUGACAGAUACUAUAACAAAUACAUAAAUGUCAAGAAAGGAGGACUUGCUGGUGUCUCCAUGGUACUUGCUGGUUAUGUGGUGGUCAGCUACAUCUGGAGCUACAGUCACAUCAAGCAUGACCGCCACAGGAAGUACCACUGAGGCAGGAAUUUUGGAGAGAAGGUACAGCUCCUGAAUACUUAGCUACUGGAAACAGUUGUCCUGACAGAAGAUCUAAUCCUUACUAAAAUCUGUACUAUUAAGACCAAUAAUAAAGUUGACACAAUUUACAUUUACUGGCCUGACACUCUUAU